UCUUUUUUUCUUUAAUCCUUUUGCCAAUUAAACAAUAUCUGUGUAUUGCGCAGGUCAGCGUCCCGGCGAUCAAGGAAAAAUUCUGUUUCAGAUUAUAGAGUUGGAUUGCAGAUAACCGUUAAUAGAAGUAAAAAGAUGAAAUGUCCGUACUGCCCGGCGGCGCAGGCGAGGUGCGCCACGUCAACGAGCGGCCGGUCAAUAUUGGAGUGUACAUCCUGCGGGAGAGUGGUGGAAGAACGUCAAUUCCAACAAUACCACGUUUUCCAUAAUAGGGCACAAGACAACCCUCUAAGCCUGGUGACUUCGGAUCUCCCAAUCAUCCAGCCCCAAGGAGAAGGAGACGACGAGGACCCGUUUGAGCCCACGGGCUUCAUCACUGUUUUCUCCACUUGGUCUCUUGAACCCAAUCCUCUCUCCCUCCGUUCCUCUCUCUCAUUUUCAGGGCACCUCGCUGAGCUUGAACGAACCCUUGAAUUAACUGCCUCAGCGUCGAACUCGAAUUCGUCCACUGUGGUUGUCGAUAAUCUGAGAGCUUAUAUGCAGAUUAUCGAUGUGGCUUCGAUCUUGGGGUUGGAUUGUGAUAUUUCUGAUCAUGCGUUUCAGUUGUUUAGAGACUGCUGCUCCGCUACUUGCUUGAGGAACCGCAGCGUUGAAGCUCUUGCCACUGCUGCUCUUGUUCAGGCUAUUAGAGAGGCCCAGGAGCCCAGAACCCUUCAGGAAAUCUCAAUUGCUGCCAAUGUUCCUCAGAAGGAGAUUGGAAAGUACAUUAAGAUACUGGGAGAAGCUCUGCAGCUGAGUCAGCCCAUUAAUAGCAAUUCCAUUUCAGUUCAUAUGCCUAGAUUCUGCACCCUCCUCCAAUUAAACAAAUCGGCUCAGGAAUUGGCGACUCAUAUUGGAGAAGUAGUUAUCAACAAAUGCUUCUGUACUCGCAGGAAUCCCAUUAGCAUCUCUGCAGCUGCUAUAUAUUUGGCAUGCCAAUUAGAAGACAAGCGAAAGACGCAGGCAGAAAUUUGUAAGGUGACAGGUCUGACUGAGGUCACCCUCAGAAAAGUCUACAAGGAACUGUUGGAAAACUGGGAUGAUCUACUUCCAUCAAAUUAUACUCCUGCUGUCCCUCCUGAGAAAGCAUUUCCUACUACAGUGAUCACCUCAGGCCGUUCAUCUGCACCUAGAGUUGAUCCGGUUGAAGUAACAUCUCCCCCUGUGGACAAAGACAAACAGCCAGAUAACAAAUCAAACAAAACAAACAAUGUGUUGGCCAGGGCCAAAGAGGACAUUGAAAGCAAUGGUAAUUCUCGGGGGAGCCGUGGCCCAGCAUGGCAGAAUUUCAGGCAGCCGUGGCUUCAGUUUGGAGCUUCUGGGGUGACAACAUCAGGGGAGAAAAAUCUGAAUGGGAACGAAUUGCAGGGUAGCUGUCAAGAGUUUGAAGAGAAGGUAGAUAAGCAGAUAAUAGAAAAAGAGUUGACAGGUGCAUCGAGGCCAAACCAAUUUUCAAACCCUCCAGCUUCAGGAAUGAGUACUAUCAGCAUCACCUGGCCUUUUCGGUCAGCACCUGCAUCAGGACCUUCUCCAAUUGUACAGCCACCACCCAAGUUAGCACCAGGUUAUGCUGAGCUUAAAGGUAUUAGCAUUCAGAAUGGUAGUAGUAAUAAUGCUAACACGGAGAAGUAGCAUGUGUAAGCUCAAGCGCGCUUUUGUGUCGUAAAUUCUUGGAAAAAAUACCUAAAAAAUUGUAGCAGUAACUCUCUAAUUAUGUUCUUGCAGUUAUCGCUAAAUUGAAUUCUCCAAUUAUUAUCUUAUGAACGAACCUUAACGUUCUCAAAA